AUGGCGUAGCUAUUUCUUAAUAAAAUACUUGUCAAAUACUCAUUUCCAGGGAUAUAUGACACGGUUAGUGCUAUCCAUAAACCAGCGUUCAGUAUAAUAACUGCUGACUUUUCAUAAAUGUUUACCAUAAAAUGUAACGCAACAGCAAUAUUUCGACACUUGUUUUUAGUAGGUUUGCAAUAAUAAUUUUACUGCUCCCGCAAUACUUGACUCCCUUUAAACACUGAACACUGUAUUUAUCUGUACUCCAUAUAUUUAUCUGUUUGUUGCAAUGGCCCUCGUUUGGUACAAAGGGUAUCAGACCCACAUUUCUGCGUUUCUAAUGGUUGUUGCUAUGUUGGGGAUAUCGUCCAUGGUUACGAGCAGUAGCGGUUCAGAUAAGUGCCGUAUCAAAGGACAUAGAUGUGGGCCAGGCCUAGUAGCGUGUUGCAGCGGACUGCGGUGUACCGAUUUAAACCAAAAUAAAUUUGGAACUUGCACCGAGCACAGCGACGAAUCGGAUGGCACCGACGAUGAACCAGAUAGCGCGGGCGCUAUAGAUCCAGUUCCAUCGGCAGUCUGCCGUGCAGUCGGCGAAAAAUGCGGGCCUGCAUUGCUGCAGCCGUGCUGCAGUGGACUGCAGUGUGGAACUGAGAUUGAUAACAACGAUUUUGGACGGUGCAGUCUCGACAGCAUCGAUAUUGUAGUUGAACCGGCUAAUACCGGUCCCUCCACACUUGCACCGCUCGCUACAUCAACUCCAGAAAUAUUUUCAUCCACACCGUGCGCUCCAUUGACAACGUCCACAAUGAGGACUCAUAGCCCGCCAGUUAACAAGGACCUACUGUGGCCCAACAACACUGUUCCUUAUUGGUUCCAACCGAAUACCUACACUGCGGAGGACAAACGUAUUAUACGCGAAGCUAUGGAUGUCAUCACAAAAAUGACGGCUGGAUGUAUCAUUUUCCUCGAACUUCCUAAUCGUGACAAAAACAACGAUUUUGUGUUAUUUACCAAGCAUCACGGAUGUUCGUCAGGCAUCGGGCGGAUCGGCGGCUCUCAAGAAGUGUCUUUGGUCAAGGAUUGCUUGACACAUCAUGGCAGUGUGCAACGCCACCUACUACGGACACUGGGACUUUCUUAUGAACAUACGCGCAUGGAAUGGACCGAGAUGACUACGUCAAGGUUCUUCUGGAAAACGUGCAGAAAGACAAAUUAGAAGAAUUUGCAAAGCGCCCGGUUUCAACGUUUGGCCUUCCAUACGAUUACAGCUCUGUUCUGCAUUUCAAUUCUAAAGAAUAUGCCAUAGACGAAUCCGAGCCCAUUCUUAUACCUCAAGAUCGAAGCCGCCCGAAGAUUGGUCAGCACAAAAAUCUCAGUCCACUAGAUGUUGUGAAAAUCUACAAACUGUACAACUGCCAUGAAGUCAUUGAUGUCACCGAGCUUCUUGGCCUGCUCUGACUAGCCUUUUUAU